AUGCCAGCAUUUCUCUGGACAUUGUCUGUAUGCUCUCAAUGGCUUCAGGGCCUUACCAACUUAUCUCCUCAUACGCUAGGAACCAACACGUUCAACAGCUUUGUGGGAACAGGAUAUCUAGGCAGCAUGAGAUAUUCCCAGAUAGCCACCUGGGUCUGCAUCCCUCUGUUGACAUGCCGCGGCGUUGACGCAGCCAGCUCGGCGAAAGAUGACCCAGAUCCAUUGCUUGACGAUGAGCCUAGCUUUUCAAAAACAUGGCAAGUUCUUGGGCCCUUUGAGAUAGGCACGAGAGAAUCAUCAUGGGGGGCCGACCCCCUCGAGGCCUAUGGUGGAUUCCAAUCCCUUCAUUAUGACCCAAUGGCCAAUUUUACCAGCUCUCUCGGGCUUAAUGGUGUUGCAAAUUGGUCGACAGCGUCUGCCUCUGUUAAUUCAACCUCUAGCCAAAAGGAGACUAUCCUGCAUAUCAGCUUACCACCAGACAACCUGACGUCUCUUCAGGAAGUGUAUGGAUGGGAUGCAAAGCAGUACCAAGCUUGGGCUCGCGGAAUCUUGACUAUACCCGACACUAAUAACUCUUUGGUUGCUUUGUAUACAGAUAGGAUCUGGGAGUACCGGAUUGACAAUAAGUCUUACUUUGGCGGUGAUUUCUUUGGUUUCCGCAGAGCACCGGUUCUCUUGGAUCUGGCUCCCGGAAAUCAUACCGUUGAUCUUCGCGUGGUCCGUGAUGUUCGGGCUCUCGGUGCAGUUGGUGAACCGUAUAUCAACGCCACCCUCAUCGCACACAACAUGCCUAAACAGUUAAACGUGGACAGUAAAAGCAUUUUGGUUGCUGAUGUUGUUGAUAAUCGUUUGAUAAGCCCUUAUGCUUCCGUCACUCUUCACAACGCAAUGGGAAACUCUGUCAAGGUGGUAGGCAUUAAAGCAGCUGGAGCACAGGCCCCGGCCUUUAGCUUGAAGCUGUUGAACGGCACUGUGAAGUUGGAAGGGACACAGUCUCGCGCCGUUGGUUUCACUAUCGAACCGAACGUUAAAACCAACGUUCCAUCUCCGCUUGAUUUAUAUUUCGAAUAUACAAUUUCCGGAAGUCCUAACGUUCAGAAGACCCAAACCCUUUCGAUCAACUUUACACGUCGAAAAAUAUCCGAGGUUCAACAAAAUACCUUUAUACAACCGGGAGGAGUGGUAUCAUAUGCAACUAUGAGGCCCCCAACUUCCCCGGAAUGUAAAUCUGUUGAGGGAGCAAAACUUCCGGUACUGCUAGGCCUCCAUGGAGCAGGGCAAGCAGCAAGCGAUGAGAUUAUUCGGACCAUGCUCGAUGGAGUAUCUGAUAUUUGUGCCUGGACUCUGUUUCCCAGUGGUGUCACCCCUUGGAGCGGAGAUGAUUGGCAUAACAUCAUUGCUGCGGCUCCUGUUGCGGGCUAUACGUCAAUCGAAAAUUACGUUCCGUAUUCAAUGUGGCAUAAUACGGACUCUUUACUGGCAUCCAUAUUUUAUCGAGCCCGCCAGGACUUCAAACAUGAACUUCUGGUCAACAAUUUCGCUGGAAUUCCUGUCUACCAGCAGCACGGUGCAUCCGACGACAAUGUGGUGGUAUAUCAUUCCCGCCUGAUGCAUAGAUUGUUGCAAGAGAAUGGCUCCCCUUCGAAAUACCACGAAGUCCCGGGCAAAAACCAUUGGUAUGAUGGGAUUAUGACCUCCGAUUUCCUCAAGGACUUUUAUUAUACCUAUGUCAAGCGCCCGAAUGCCACCGAUCUUCUCCCUCCCAGAUUCUCGAUCAUCAUUCCCCCUGCAGGCCAUAUGGGCUCUAGGGGAGGUAUCUAUAUUGACCAGUCGCGUACCCCUGAUCGUGCUGGUUCGGUUGAGGUUGAACGAAAUUCAACCAGCGAUGGAAUCUGGAAGUUAAAAACACGGAAUAUCCGUCGCUUCCACUUGGAACCCAAUGCAAUCAGAUCACAAGUUCCAUUGCAUAUUCAAAUUGAUGGCUCGGAUAAAUUCCCUAUCACCCCUAGCAACUCUACCACAACAUGGUACACGCAAGAUAGCACUGGGAAGUGGACGGCCGAGAGCGGUUCGUGGCAAACUAUUUCGCAGAGGUACGGCCGGCAGACCGGUGUGAAUGCUUUUCUCCGCACACAAGCACCGUUUACCGUGACUUCCAGGGCUAAGGGGACUGAGGACCUCGCACUACAAACAUGCCGGAACUUAUUUCAGUAUUUGUCCGCCGAUUGCAUUGUCUCAUACACUGCACCUGCAGCAAACUCUACGGUGGAUAACCAGACAGGUAACAUUGUUACCAUUUUGCUUGGUAGCCAGCCCGAAGGGUAUACGGCUGAUACGUAUCCCAUCUCCCUUACCGCGGAUGCAUUGGCCGUAAAUGCUCCUGAGGGUACAACAAAAUAUCCCUUCGAGAUGGGUCUCGGCGCCAUCUUCCUGCGGCCUUUAGAAAAUGAACGGCUCGAGUUGGUGAUCUGGGGGUACGACAUGGCCGGCCUACAGCAAGCCGCUCGUCUGGUCCCUGUCCUGACGGGAGUCGGCCAACCCGACUUUGUGGUUGUCAAUAAGGGUACUCCCUUGAAGGGACAAGGCUCUCUCUAUGCUGCGGGAUUUUUCGACUCCGAGUGGAAGAUUUCUGCCGCAUCCUAUGUUUCUUGA